UGUCUAUGAUCUAUGAUGCUGAAAUAUCAAUGCAGACUUCUAUUGUGUAUCGAGGCUCUUUCACAUUCCAAUUCUCACUCACCUCAAGUUGAAAUCGAAUCGAGCAAAAGAGCCUGAUUUAUCACGGUUUAUAUCUUACUCUUAGGGACACUUUAUGAGGAGCACUAUUUGCAAAAUGGCCCAAGACAUAAUUCAAUUUAAAGUUUCAGGUGCCGUACAGGGGGUCAACUUCCGAUACCAUACUCAGAAAGAAGCCCAAAAACUAGGCCUUAGGGGCCAUUGCUAUAACCACAGUGACUCAAGCGUACAAGGCGUUGCUGCUGGAUCGUCUGAAAAGGUGGAACAAUUUCGAAAGUGGUUAGAAAAGGGACCUUCAUCUGCUGAAGUCCAUAACGUAGAGCUCAUAAAGGAGCUCAGAAAUGCUAGUGAGGCCGAUGUGGAGAAGGCAGUAGGAACCAGCAGUGGUUUCGAAGUUCGACGGUGAUAACGCCUUCUCAUCCUGAUCGUAAUACUACAGUACUGCCAUUAUCCUCCUGCUAAAUCAGUAGUAUGUUACGUAGAAUGGAUUUAUCAUAUGUAGUAAGGGUAUUAAGAGAAUUCUGUCAACUGAAAUAAUUUCAAUUAAUCGAACUUCAUAAUAACUUAGCUCAACAGGAGGAUAAUGUUAUGUAGAAGUCUAGAACAGAACAAGAAGUACAGAAGAGCAGAGGACUCAUAGUAAUAAUGGGGUGUCUAAUCGUUACUUAAUACUCUAUUAUUCCCACCCUUCGAUUCCGAACCCUUGUAAGACCUCUAUAUGUCUUUAGAGGGUCAAAAAACAGAUACUUCUUUUCCGACUCUACGUAAGUACAAGUCGGUUGCCAUGCAAUCUUCCCUCCACGUAAUCUCCUUCUUAUCAUUAAUAUUAUAAUUGUAAAUGUAAUCGGGAGACAAGCUGACGACGCAAAGGAAAUGCGAUGUACAACAAAACAGCC